UUUAUUUUGCGGCUGUAAACUGAUAUACAGCUUGAAGAACAAGAGAGAGAAUACAGAAGAGAGAGAGAAGAGAGAGAACUCCGAUGCUGGGAGUUUCAGGCAUGAUGGGUAGCGCCGGCGACGGAGCUGCGUCGGCGGAGCCGACACAAACCCAUGAUGGGGAAACCGGGGUUCUGGGGGAAGAAGAGAAGUUGGUGAUGAGAAUUGACGAAGCUGGCGGUGACCGGAGCUCCGGUGGUGGUAACCGGUGGCCGAGGCAGGAGACGGUGGCUUUGCUUAAGAUACGGUCGGAGAUGGAUGCUGUUUUUAAAGACUCGAGCUUGAAGGGUCCCCUAUGGGAAGAAGUUUCCAGGAAGCUAGCGGAGAUGGGAUUUCAUCGGAAUGCAAAGAAGUGUAAGGAGAAGUUUGAGAAUGUAUUCAAAUACCAUAAACGGACUAAAGAAGGCCGAGCUUCUAAACCAGAGAGUAAAACUUAUCGAUUCUUUGAUCAAUUAGAAGCUCUCGAAACUCAUCCUCCGGUUACCGGUCAGUCUCCGUCGACGACGUUGAACCAUCUCCGGCCAACAAUGCUGCCGGUGCCGGCUACAAAGGUUAAUAAUAAUAACAAUAUUGUCAUUCCUACACAAGUGAGUAAUUCAUCGACUUCUACUGUUCCAUCAUCGUUAAGCCCAAUCAAUGUAAGCCCUAUUAACGCUGUAACGACAAUGGCGGCGGCGGCGGCGUCCGCCGCCGCGGCUGGGAUGGGGAAUUUUGGGUCGGUUUCGACUUCUUCAUCGACUUCGUCGGAUGAAGAUAUUGAGAGGAGGAGUAGGAAGAAGAGGAAAUGGGAGAUGUUUUUUCAGAGAUUAAUGAAGGAUGUGAUGGAAAAACAGGAGAAUAUGCAGAAGAAGUUUCUGGAAACGCUGGAGAAAAGAGAAAGAGAUCGCGUUUCUAGAGAAGAAGCUUGGAGAGUUAUGGAGAUUGCGAGAUUGAAUCGUGAACAUGAAAUAUUAGUUCAAGAAAGAUCCACCGCCGCCGCUAAAGACGCCGCCGUCAUUGCCUUUCUCCAGAAAGUUUCAGAUCAACAAUCGCCGCCGAUCCCCAAUUCCACUCCGAUUCAAAUCCCGCCGCAAACGCAAACGCAACCUCCUCCUCCGCCGCAGCCGCAGCCGCAAGAGACAGUUCGAUCUCUUCCCCCUGUUUUACCACAACUAACACAACCUCCACCGCCGCCAGCGCCGCCGCAGCCACCAACAUUAUCGAUUGCGUUAGAAAUACCGAAUUCUGAAAAUGGGGUUGAGAAUUUUACUCCGGCGAGUUCAUCAAGAUGGCCGAAGGCGGAGGUUCAAGCUCUGAUUGGACUAAGAACAAACAUGGAUCUGAAAUAUCAAGAUAAUGGACCAAAGGGUCCUUUAUGGGAAGAGAUAUCAUCAAGCAUGAAGAAAUUAGGAUACAAUCGAAACGCAAAAAGAUGCAAAGAGAAAUGGGAGAACAUAAACAAGUACUUUAAGAAAGUAAAAGAAAGCAACAAAAGAAGGCCAGAAGAUUCAAAAACCUGCCCAUAUUUCCAUCAACUCGACGCAAUUUACAAAGAAAGAUCCAAACAUGAAAUCACUCAACCCAGUUUCAUCAACCCAUCAUCAUCAACAAAUCUCCCCCCUGAAAAUCUAAUGGUUCCAUUAAUGGUCCAACCAGAACAACAAUGGCCGCUUCAACCAGUUCAACAGCGACAACAAAUCGCCGCCAUGGGCGAUCACGACAGUGAUAACAAUGGUGAAGAUGACGACGACGACGAGGACGAUGAAGAUGACGACGAUGAAGACGAGGCAGGUGGGUACGAGAUUGUAACGAACAAACCGCCGUCAUCUUCAGUUGGGACGGUGGAGUGAGGCGGCGGAGAGGAAACAAAAUUGUACAACAGACAGAUAAAAUGCAUGUGACAGACAUUGCCGGAAAUUCAAACGGCGGCGGAGAUGACGGCGGUGGACGGCGGAGGUAAAAAGAUAAAUUUCAAAACAUUUUAUAUAUACAACAAUUACACAUGGGUUUGGGUGGAGGAGGGUAAGUCACAAGUGUAACUUUUGUAAGGAUUAUACUAGUUUAAUUAUUUUGUGGUUUUUUUUUUUUUUUUUAAUUCACAAAUUAUUUAUUUGUUUGGUUAAAUAAUCAACAAAUUGAGGGGGAGAACUAGAGAGGAGAUAAAUAAAAUAUAUAAUGUAUUGUUUUGUUCCUUA